CGGGCGGACGUGACGCCAGGCCCGGGCCUCAGGCCGCACGGGUAACCCGUCAGUCCCCUUUAUUGCUCUGGGAUAGAGCCGCAGGCCGCAGCUAGAAGCAUGAUUCUGCUGGUGGUCCUGAUGCUGUCUGCGGAGGCCGGGAGCGGAGCCGUGACUAGCAUCGAGGAUCCAGAGCCGCCUUCGGUGCCUGUACCAACUAAUGUUCUAAUUGAGUCUUUUAACUUGAACCCUGUCCUGCACUGGAAAUACCAGGACAUGCAACAGACUCCCACUUUUACUGCACAGGUAAAGAACUAUGGGGAGGAUAAAUGGAUUGAUUCCUGCACCAACAUCUCUAAUCACAGUUGUAAUAUCUAUGAACAAAUUAAAUAUCCCCAAUUAUCUGUCUGGGCCAGAGUUAAAGCUAAUUUUGGACAGAAAGAAUCUGCCUAUGCAGUGUCAAGAGAGUUUAUUAUGUGCCGACAGGGAAAAGUUGGAGCACCGAGCCUGGACAUCAGAGAGAAGGGCGACAAGCUCAUUCUCAAUGUUUUUCACCCUGAGGUUAUUAUAAACGGAGAAUGGCAUGGGGUCAUGUUUGAUGAUGACAGCACCUGUUACACGUUCAGCUACAACAUAUACGUGCACAGAAACAGAAGUGGGCAGAUCCAAUAUACAGCACAUAGAAUCAAUAUGGACGAUUGCGAUGAAAUCCUGUGCCAGUUCAACAUUUCAAUGUCCACACUGGAUUCCAGAUACUGUGUCUCAGUAGAUGGAGUCUCAGAUUACUGGGGCAUUACAACAGAAAAAUCAAAAGAAAUCUGUGUUUCUCCUGUCCAUAACAUCAGAAAAGAUUCAAUUUGGAUUCUGAUUGUUGUUCCUUUGAUCCUCUUUCUAAUGGUUAUCAUGGUAUUUGCAUUUUGGCAUAUUAAGAAGAAUCCAUUUAAGAGAAAAAGCAUAACGCUACCUAAGUCCUUGCUCUCUGUAGUAAAAAAUGCCACUUCAGAGACAAAACCUGACUCUAAGUAUGCAUCACUUGGCACAUCGUACCAGCCAGCUGUCCUUGAGAAUGAGACGGUGAUCUGUGAAGAGCAGCUGUCCACAGUGACACUUCCAGACAACCCGGGAGCAACAAAAUAUGGAGAAUUUUUAAGUGAAACUGAGGCUAUGAUCCCCGAAGGAAGUACUUCUGCUGUGGCCCUCGAUAGUCCUCCAUCUCCAAUACAGAGACGCAGUUCUUCCCUUUUAAGUAGUAACCAGUCGGAGCCCUGUAGCAUCACCACCUAUCACUCCAGAAACGGCUCCAGCUCCGACAGUGGCCUCGUGGGGUCAGGCAGCUCCAUGGCUGACUCGGAUUUCCUCCCACACAAUAACCCGGAAACCAAGACCACAGAGCCAGAGCCCACCCCCGUGAGGAAGGCCCCCACCUCCUUUGGUUAUGAUAAACCACACGUGCUGGUGGAUGUGCUGGUGGAUGACGGUGGUGGGAAGGAGUCCUUGAUUGGGUAUAGACUCACAACAGAUGCCAAAGACACCUGAGACCACCUGAGUUCUGCCAGUGGUGAAGGAUCGGAUUUUCCUAGGCGGUUUUCCGCUUUGAAUUUGUGAGAAGUUGUUGUACCUUUGAUGAUAUUAACCACAUGGAAUGUCUUGAUUUAGAUCCAUGUGUGGGGGCACUGUGGGCACGGCCGGGUUUACUCUGCAAAAUACAAGACUUUUUCAAAGGAAUAUAUUGUUGCUGAUGAGCUCCUUUCUGGAUGUGUUAGCUGCAAUCAAGUUUCCUCUAUUAGCCUUGCUUCCUGCAGCCACUGCUGCUCCCUCCUUAUCGCCUCAAGGGACACGUUGAACAAUUUUUUUUCAUAUGCCUUCAUAAUUGUAAGUUCAUGUAUACAGUAUGUUUACAAGUUUCACCUUGAAGGAAAAGCUGGAAGCUACUCAAAGUUGGGCUUAAAGUUUAAUUCAAACUGAUAGAAUUUGAAAGAACUUGUCAGUGGAAGUUUGUACAUAUUUUUUUUUUAUGGAGCAUUACUUGUUAUUUUUAAGUAAAAUGUUUUGAAACCAAAA